AUGACGUUUUGUAAAUUUAAAGCACAUGGGUUUUAUGAUCGAGCCACACAUGUUAGGAAUCGGUCUUGGUCUUCUACUUCGAUUUCUUAUUAUCAAUCACGGCAUAGGAUCUUGGAUGAAUAUGGAAUCGAACAUGAUCCAGAACAUUGUCAGUUUCGAACGGUUUCACCUGUUAGACAUCAUCAUCAUCAACACGAUCAAGAUCAAGAAGAUUUAGAAAACAGUUCAUCCGAUUCCGAUUCCGAUUCAGACGAAGACGAAAGAUCAUUAUCAUCAUCCACGACCCCUGGCUUUCCUUCAGCUCGAUUGACUCACCAUGAUUUCUGUUGUUCUCGACACCGCGAAAGGUCCGGCUCAACCGCUUCAUCCUCUAAACUUUCAAGCUCAGAUCGGUUCUCAUUCCUACCACCUCCACCUACCACAUCUUAUCCUCGCCCCAUGAACCUCAACUUACACCACCCUUCCUCACGUAAACAUAGUUUACCCUUAAGAUUACCCGAUCGAAACCGAGCCGGGUCGCAAUCUUCUUCUAAACUAUCAUUCGAAAGCACUCCAAGACUGUCAAGUUUACCUAUCCGAGAAAAGAUCUUAUCGAUCCAUUCAUCCAAAGACGAAAGAUUAUCAAGCUCACUAGGUUUCCAAGCUUCUUCUAACCUAAAACAUUUCACUACUCUCGAAAGACCUUCAUCCUCUACCUCCUCAAACAUCAACUUAAACUUAUCACACCACAAAUCAUUAAAGCCGACUGUUCUAGUCAUUGAUGAUCCAACACCUGUUGGUCUAUUACAUCCUUCACUCGAGUUGGAUUUAGAUCUCAAUGAAGGAUUAGAAAACAUGCCGCUGACGUCAAUGUGGUUAAAGAACCCUUUGGUAUUUGAAACUUUGGAUCAUCAUCGAGCUUCGAAUUCUUCACAUCUUAAUCCUGCCAAUCUUGUUUUGAAUCCUAAACGGUUUCAGAAAAGUUUGGUCAAGUUUAAACUGGAUUGUAGAAUCACUUUACUUCGUACAAGACAAAGACUUUCAAAAGUUUUGAAAAAGUCUUGA